AUGAAUAUUAGAAGUGACUGCCUCUCUCUCUAUCUCUAUCUCUAUCUCUCUGUGUCUCACGCCGAGGCACCACCACCAUCAACCCACAUCCUCACACCAUCACCAAGCCCUCGCUCUCUGUUCAAACCCCACUGCCGCAAGCUUCUCCAGCCGAACCUCUUGGCCGCCACUGCUGCUCUCUCCUCUCUUCUCGGUCUCGCUUUCUCUGGCCGAUUCUCGGUCAAGGAGAAACCACAUCUCGCCACCGGCCACCACAUUUCCAGUUCCGGUCGUCUUCUCCAGCCAAAAAUUUCAGGCCGAGUCUCUCUCUCUCGUUUUUCUCAUUUUUCUCUCGGGGGAAGGAGGCACUGGUGGAUCACUUUGAGAAGUCAACGUUUCGGUGUGAUACGAAUGAGUUCCUGCUUGUGUGUUUCAACCCAGCAAGAGAUGGUUCUGGUUGUGUGA